AAACAGGAAGUAUUGUACCCAUGACUACCCAUAUUUUGCGCCUUGGCUACCGCUGUUGGGUGAGACACUCAAUGAGGAUCACAUAGUCACAGGAUUAUUAUGGAUGCAUAUACACAACCCCUACUCCUGCUCAUCUUUUUGAAUUCUCACUUUUACCAUGGAACCUCGCAAGAAACACUAAAAGCCAUCCUGACUCUAGAUCCAAACACAACUCCAGUCUUCCAUGGAGACACUGUGGAUCUGAAGUGUCAAAUACAAGGGCACACCAAUGACCAAUGGAUCUAUAUAUGGCGGAAAAUAAGUGAUGGCUAUGAUAGAUUUGGAGAAUGGAGUACCGAUAACACGCUUCACAUUGACCCUGCCACAGAAUCUCAAAGUGGGCUGUACACAUGUAUCGCCAGGCAACAAGGCCAUUCUUCACCGGAGCUUUACAGCAACAGCCUACAUUUGACUGUUUCAGGUCUUCCUCUUGCUAAACUGACUGCAAGGCCAGGUAUUCAUGUGUUCACUGGCGAGUCAGUCACUAUGACCUGUGAAACAGACUCUCUGAGUGGCUGGACAUACACAUGGUACAAAGGCAUAAAUGGUGAUGUUGUAUCGCAGUCUCAAGGAAACACCUUCAACAUUAGACAGGCCUCCAUCAAUGAUGAGGGCCAGUACUGGUGUCGAGGACAGAGGAACACCAGACCCACAAUGUCUCAGGCGAGUGGUGUCAUCCACCUACUGGUGAAUGAUCUGCCUAGUGUGAGGAUAACGUUAAUGGACCAAAGAAGCACUGUGUUCCCUGGUGAGACUGUCACUCUUAGGUGUGAGAUUAACACAUACACUGGCUGGACCUACAAAUGGUACAAAGACUUAAGUCUGAAUCCAGUGUUCGAGUCGAGUGGAAAAACCUUCACCAUUGACAGGGUGACUAAGGAUCAGAAGGGGCAGUACUGGUGUCAGGGAGAGAAGACUGACAGGCCCACAACGUCAGAGAAGAGUCGAUUGGUAACGAUCAACGUGAACGAGUCUCCAGCACAGCCACGCUUCUUUCUAUCAGACCAGCUGCCCCUUCUCAACGGCCAACCCAUCACCCUAACAUGUCAGCUGGAGUCUGAUGGAUGGCAGUUCUACUUUUACAAAACCACACCAGACUCCCCACCUGUUAGUGUGUCUGAACUAUACUCCUACAGCAUCAGCUCUGCUAAAGUGUCUGAUGGAGGACAGUACUGGUGCAGAGCUGGGAGAGGAGACUACUACACACAUUACAGCAAUCCCGUCUGGGUCAAUGUCACUGAGCGACCCAAACCUGUGGUGACCUCACUCUCUAACUGGACUCAAGUCUUCAGUGGAGAGACAGUCACACUACGGUGUGACAUACACUCACAAGAAAUCCAGAAGUGGGAAUACAGCUGGUACAUAAAUGGAAAGUCUGUUCAUGGUAAUCAUCAGCUGUAUGUCCUCGUUGUUGAUAAUGUGAACAAGAAAGACAAAUACUCGUGCAAAGGAAGACUGAUAGGUGGUGGAAUGGAAUCAGACGUGAGUGAAGCUUUAACUUUCAACACGUUUGAGGAAAGACCACAGCCAGUUCUCAGAGGACCUGCACAGAGCUGGCUGACUGAAGGAGACUCAGUGACUCUGAGCUGUGAGGUCAGCGGCUCCUCUGCAGGCUGGACAUUCCACUGGUACAAGACUGCCCCCUACAGGUCUGGGCUGUUUACUAUCAAUCGGGAAAAAGCAGACCGUUACGUAGAGCUUCUACCAGACAGCAGCAGAGGAGCUGGGGGCUCCUACACUCUCAACCCUGCUGCUCUCAGACACACAGGAGUCUAUGUGUGCAGAGCAGAAAGAGGAGAUUAUUACACCGACUUUAGCCAACUUCAGUCACUGUUUAUAGCAGGUCUUUCUUCGGCCAGCCUAGUCGUUACUCCCAGCAGAUCUCAGCACUUCACAAAAGAACAGUUGUCCAUAAACUGCAAGGCCCAAGACUCCCCCCUCUCGGACACCAAUGGAAACUCCACUGGCUGGUUCUUGCGGUGGCAGACACAGAGAGGGGAGUCGAACAAGUGUCCCUUCACCUGGGAAAUCACACUGGGACCUGACUGUGCCGCUAAGUCCUUGUACAGGUCUGACAGUGGAACAUACUGGUGUGAGUCGGACUCGGGCGAGAAAAGCCAGGCCGUCAACAUAACUGUGCACAAUGGUAAUGUCAUCAUGGACAGCCCUGCCUAUCCAGUGAAAGAGGGCCAUUCGCUGAGCCUGCGCUGCCUGUACCGCACACCCCCACUGGAUUUCAGUGCAGGCUUCUUCAAAGACAUGUCACCUCUUCUUAGUCGUACGAAUGGAGAAAUGAUCAUCGCUUCCGUGUCAAAGUCAGAUGAGGGCGUGUAUCAGUGCGACAACACAGAGAGAGGAAUAUCACCAGACGCCUGGGUGGUAGUGAAACCUUCAGGGCAUGGUACCUCUACAUGGGUAGCAGUGGUGGUGGUGCUGAUGACACUUUUGAUUUUGAUCGCAAUACUGGUGCUGCUGUUCCAGUACAGGAAGUCAAAAGGUAAACACAGAUCGAGACUAGCCCGUGCUCGCCAACUGCAGAGCCAGAGUCAGAACAGCAGUCAGCAGAACCAGCACAUACAUAGGCCUACACAUACGGAUACUGACACUGAGCACAUUUAUGCCACAGUCAGUGUACAAAGUGCGGAAGAGGAUCAAGCUGAGACAUCUGAUGGGACAUACGCACAGGUUAAUUUGGAAGAAAUAAGACAUGAGCAGAAAAUCAAUAACAAUAGUGAUGAACAUGCUCCCAGCGAUGUGAUGUAUGCGUCCAUUGAUCUUGAAGCCAAGAGACAACAAUCAAAAGUUGAGGGUGAAUCAACUAAUGAAAAUGUCACAUAUGCUGUGGUCAAUUUGAAAGCAAAAACAGGACACAGACAAGAUCCAUGAGUCUUACCUCUCUCUGUAAUACUGAGAUGUGAAAAGGUGGGGAAAAAACUAGUUUGACUGACUAAAGAAUCUCAUUACAUAGGAGUGCUUUUUCAUAUGAGCCACGGUCGGGACUGGAACAUAGUUUUUACAGUGUGUGUGUUCAUCUUUAUCCUAACACUGAAUGAAAUUAACGGAGCACUAUGUAUGGUAACAUUCCUGAGUUAAUUAAUUACCUUAACAAAUCAGCCUGAUGCUUAAAGGAUACCUUCUGCCCACUUCGACAUCCAAUUGUAAUGCUCACACUACCCUAGACUUGUCAGUACCUGAGAUAUUUUUUUUCUUCAGCCUAUUCCGAGAUCCUGUUAGUUAUAAUAAUAACUUGGUUUUAUAUAGCGCCUUUCAAGUAACCCAAGGUCGCUUUACAAAAGGAGAAUGGGCAGGGGAAUAAAGAGAGAGGAGAGGAGGGGGUUAGAGGUGGGGUUGGGGGCAGGGUGGUUAAGGACCAUAGGCCUCAGUGAAUAACGGUAGGGACACAUAGGAGGCGAAGCGAGUGAAGCGAAGAGAGGCGAAAUCCAACCGUCAUCAGGUCGUCGCGGCGAAUCAAAUGGAAUGGAACAGUUAUGUUGUUGAUUUGAUUGGGCCGCGGCAGGCGAAUUCGCUCCUCAUUUGCAUAACAUUAAACUUUCUUUAAUAAUUUCGCUUCGCUCCUGUGCGCUUGCCUUCGCCUCUCUCAUAGGAAUGAAUGGCAAAGUUUGCAAAUUCGCGUGUAUGUGUCCCUACCGUUAGUGUGAUUUUAGGUGCUUCUUGAACGUAGCCAGUGUGGGGGCUUGACGGAUAUGGAGAGGUAGACUGUUCCAAAGGGUGGGGGCAGCAACACAGAAGCCUCUGGGAGGCGUUUGUUUAUAUUUCAAAAAGACAUCUUGAUUUAUUCCCAAUAACAUCUAAAAGGUUAUGCAACAUCAGCAGACAACUAGCAAACAGCAAUACCUUGUGGAAUAAUAUUUGGAGUAGGCCUAUGUUAAGAAAGUUUUUAAUGUAAGCAAAAUCUGCACCCUUUAGAAUCUCGGAAAGGGCUGAGUCGAAAAAGGCAGCUGACAAGUCAAGGGUAGCGUGACCAAUAUAACAGCAUAUUGAAAUUACCAAAAGUUGUCCUUUAAAUUGGGUCGAAUGAGGACUAUCUCAACUGCUUGGAGCUUUGUGUGCUACCUUACUACCAGAAUGUGCCUCAACCAUAUUAACAGAGGUAGCAUCUCAUUGAAGGAAGUAGUGUAAUUAAUGAAAUUAAUAUAUACUAUUGGUAGGAGUAUUUUGUGUGUGUUUUUUUUUUUAAUUCAAUGUUGUUGUUUUUUUCUUUGGCCUCUCAUAUACCCACAUGGCACUGUACAUGUUUAAUCCUUAUUAGUUUUGUUUUUUGAAGUCCUAUUUUUUCAAGAUAACAUUUGGAGUAAAGGCAAAUCAAUGAAAAUGCA